AUGUCUUCAGGCCGUAUCCUUGAUAACCUUGUGGCUCAAAAAGCCGAGUUCGUUAAUCAUGCUCGGUCAAAAGUUUAUCAAUAUAUUAGAUGGAAGGAUAGGGAUCACUUGAUCCGGAUAGUUGAGAAGGAUGCUUAUGGCCCUGGCCAGUAUCGAACGCAUCGCCCCGGACUGGACUUAUAUGUAUUUGUUCUGGGCUGCUUUUGUACUAAAAAAAAGUACAAAGAACACGAGUUGGACUCGGCCCUGACCGAUCCCGUGGUUAAUAUUGUCUGUGACUGCUAUUCAGAGUUGUUACAGGCAAAUUCCCACCAGCUGAAAGAGCACCUCAUUCAGAAGAUUUUAUCAAACGACAUUAUACUUCAGGCAACAUUAAAGAUUGUUAUAGAUAAGCUUAAGUCCAAAGGGUUAAGGAUCACGGAGUCAUCACUAGCAAAGCUAGUCCACGAGACCGUCAGCCAGACCGCCCACACUGCAGCACACUCACAUCUCGGGACCACUAUCGGCCACAGUAUUACCGUUGCUGCUGGCUCCACGGCUGGCCAGUUUCUCAUAAACAUACUAGUUAAAGCCAUAGCUCACCAUGUUACGACCAUAACCACCAAUAUCAUAGGUAAUAUCGCGGUGAAAACAGUAGUCAAGGCUGCUGCAAAGAAAGUUUGCAUUACUGCUAUUACUGGAGUUAUUGUGAAAACUAUCGCAACGAAACUUGGCUUUACAAGUACAAUGAGCAUACUACAUGUUCUGGUCAUUGGAGGAUAUCUUACGGUUAAGCUUAUCGGAUUACCAAGGGAGAUGGCGGAAAAGGUUUCAAACGGCGUAAGCGACACUCUCAAUAAUAGCUAUCGUUCUUGCUUGGAGGAAAUUCUGGACGAUAUCACGGAUUCUGUGACUGACCCUAAGAAGAUAGCGAGUUUGAUGACCUCCGAGAUGGUGGAUAUCAGCGAGUUUCAGAGAGAGCUUGAGAAAGGCACAAAUCUUUCCAAUGAAGAGCUUUCCGCUCUCGAAAAUAUCAUGGAAAAGGGGGUGCAGAAGGGAUAG